AAAUCAAACUGGAUCCCCCAUCCGACAAAAUAUUCGAUAUUAAAACCCUGCAGCUAAAGCCUCUCAUCGCCCUGUGAACCCUAGCAAUCCAGCAGAAUCAAAGAGGAGAUUGUUCUAUCAGCAAUGGCAUUCAGUACAAGUGCAAAGAAAUCCAUAUGGUUAGUAGUCAGCAAACUGAAUCCUUUGGGGCAACCAAGUAGGGGUUAUUUCUCUCCUAUUUCUCCAAGACAGUUUGCAAACCAGAUUGUAUGGAACCAGGUGUUUAUGAGAAAGUUCAGUGCCGAAGUAUCAGCUACUGAUCAAAUAAAUCGCAUCAAACAACUGAGGGAGAGAACAAGUGCCCCAAUUAAGGAUGUCAAAAGUUCUCUUGUUAAUUGUAAUUGGGAUUUAGAGGCUGCGCAAAAGGAUCUCAGAAAGAGAGGAGUGGUGCUUGCUUCAAAGAAAUCUUCUCGGACUGCAUCCGAAGGUUUGCUCUCACUAGCACAGAUGGAUAAAAAGGCUGUUGUAGUUGAGCUCAACUGCGAGACAGAUUUUGUAGCAAGGAAUGAUACAUUUCAGUACCUGGCUUCUGCUUUGGCAAGGGCUGCUUUAUCAAUAGAAAAUCCAACUCCACUAUCCCAGGAAGCUUUUGCUUUUGGACCUGAAUACUUGGAGAACAUGAAGAUUAAUUUGGAUCAUCCCAAACUAUCUGGAGAAACUACAGUCCAAACUGCAGUUACAGAAGUUGCUGCCAUGGUGGGAGAGAAUGUCAAGAUUAGAAGAGGUUAUGCAUUGUCGUCGACUUCAUAUGGUGCUGUUGUAUCUUAUCUUCACACAUGUCCCCAGCCAGGUUUGGGUCGUAUUGCUGGAUUGGUUACAUUGGAAGUGGAAGAUGGCAAUGCUUCACUUGAUGCUCUUCAGCGGGUCGGCUCAUCAUUGGCAAUGCACAUAGUGGCAUCAAAGCCUUUGUUUUUGUCCAAGGAACUUGUUCCUUCAGAGGCAUUAGAGAGUGAGCGUGACAUACUGAAAACACAGGCAGAAAGUUCAGGGAAGUCGCAGAUAGUCGUUGAGAAAAUGGUGGAAGGUCGUAUUAGGAAGUACUAUGAAGAAGUUGUUUUGUCGGAGCAAAAGUAUUUCUUGGACGAUAGUAUUAGUGUGAAGUCUCUGUUGAAUGAUUUAUCGAAGGAACUUGGUUCCAGUGUUAGAAUCGGCAAAUUUCUCAGAAUGGAGGUUGGAGAAGGAAUCCAAAGGGCAGGAGCUUAGCAGCCCUUCACACUGUUGUUCAUGCUUCAUAAUCUUUAUCAGCAUUCUGAAUAACAUUAUUUCUCCGAAGUACUUGGAGCAAUAAACCCUGACAAUGGCUUGACGUUUUCUUCUCCAUAUGAAGCAAACUUUUUUCCUACUGCAAUUUUUGUUGGAGAGCGACAGGAAAUAUCAAUUUCACCUAGUGAAGUAUUUUAUUUUUCGAUUCAAUCGAUGAAACUAUCAUUUAAUUUAUUUUUCUCAGACAUCUUUCGCUUGUUAUUGUAUCGUUUAUGAUGCAGUGGAGUUAAUUGACGAAAA